CUUCAUCUCCCUUUUCCUUCUCCCUGCUCCAAUCUUAGUUCUUUACAAAGGUGAUUAUGUCUUCUUCUUCCCAAUCCGCCGAUGAGCUUGCCAGCGAAGGUCGGGGGUAUGCGGAUGAUGCAGUAGAGUCAUCGUUGUCCGUAGGAUCGUCUAUUCUAGGAUCAGAAGACGAUAAGGAUCGUCUUGAAAAUGUUUCCGAUGAGGUAGUCUUGAAUGUCGAUAACUCAUUGGAAUGGUCCGGAAUCAACCCUCCCCCUCCUGUAAAGGGAUACGAGUGGGCUCCUCAUGAGGUUGGUUGUUACUCCUAAUACUUCACCACUAGCAAAUCUAUAACUUUAUUAGUCGAACGGGUAGAUCUAUUAACUAACCUUAGGGAUGCUGAAUUUAUCUCUUUAGUAGUGUGUAGACCUAACAAACGGGCUUGCCAUGGUCGUGAAGGUUAUAACUUAGAUUUCUUCUAUGUUUACACCACCUUUUUUCGCGACCUAGGUGUCCGUCUUCCUUUUUCCGAGUUUCAAAUGGGUGUUUUACGAGAACUAAAUGUCUGCCCCUCCCAACUUCACCCCAACGGGUGGGCUUUUAUGCAAGCCUUUUGUGUUGUUUGCACCGCUCUUAUUUUAACUCCCACCCCCGCCUCCUUUUUUUUUUCGUGCUCUUCCCCAUCCAAAUAAGUCUUGGAUAUCGUUAACCCCUGUAAAGGAUAAAUAGUUAUUCACCUCAUUCAACACAUCGUAUAAAGAUUUCAAAACUAAUUUCUUCAAAGUUGCCAUACGAGAGCCCAGUCGGUCAAAAUUUUGCUUUGACGAUGGCCAGCCGAAAUUUCCAUUCUACUAGACUAAAAACCCUAACAAGGUGAUUUCCUAGGCCAAGACUGACAUGACUCCAGCAGAACUAGACAUUAUCUGUCAGAUUGAUCAGCUACCCAGCCGAACCUCCUCUCGCCAGCUCAUCGGUCUACUUGGGUCAGACACUCUACGCGCUAGAGUGUUUGACAUAUUCGGCGGAAUGGAGAAACAUCAAGCAUUCAUGCGCAUGAUGGCUCGCAAGAAGAACCUAGAGAAAUCGGGUGAGGGCACCUCGUCUCCUUCGUGGAUCGUCGCUCACAAAACUCCCACCCAAAGUAUGAAUCCCGCACUACAGAUUUCUGACACUGAAAAGCCCCUGUCUGCUCCCGUUAAAGCUUCAAGUGUUAACGCUCCGGCGAAUGACUCGAAAAAGAAACUCCCGCGUGACAAGGGUACUCCAAUGAACAAGAAAAGGAAAAUCACCGGUCCUGUCCUUUUUGGCCCUCUUGAUCCCCUUAUACAUGUCGCAGAGCGGCUACAAUAUAACCCCACUCCCGAAGAAAAAAUACCCUUCAAGCGGAUGUCCCCUGGAGAAGCAUCAGACAUGGCCUACGAGCUUAUAGCCCGGGCUAGCGUCUGCAUGAACUAUGCUGCUGGUUCCACCAAGUCUCUGCUUACUGAAGAAUUGGAUACCGUUCGUCAAGACUUGGAAGCUAGUCAAAAGAAAAAUGCUGAGCUGACUCGUCAUCUCGAAGAAAUUAUGAAGAUUGCUGAAGACAACCGUGCCAAGGUUGCAUCCGCGCUAACCCAAGCUCAAGAUGACCUCCGUCAGCUCAAACGAACUAGCGAUGAUUUGAAGCUAGAUUUCCAGAAGGCCACCUCCCAGAAUCAAGCUUUAAUGAAGGAAAGGGACGCUCUUGUGGCCGUUCGGGAUAAGCUGACUACCGAAAACUUGUCCUUGGGGGAUGAUAUUUGCAACGAACGUCUUACAGGUUUCGAGCAGGGUAUUGCCCAAUGUCGUUAUUUCUUUGGGACUCCAUUGAGUCAUGAUGGAUUUGACAUUAUGAAGAUCGUGGUUAAUGGUCAACUGUUAUCCCUAUCAACUCUAGAUGAAGAUGAAGCUGCUGCAAUUGCUAACGCCUCACCUUCGGGCGCCCAAGCCAUCGCCGAAGUGCUCUUUGUAACAACAUUGUAACUAUUCUAAUUCUUUAAAGACUGUAUCCAAGACAGUCAUGCUAUUUUGCUUAUUGCACUAAUGCUCUGAUCAUGAUUCUGCCCCCUUUUCCUCA